AUGCUGGCUAGCCUGCAGAAGGCUCUCAUGGGCAAUGGCCCUGGCCUGCAGAAGGCCAUCAUGAUGUGCCUUUUGAUGACGGUGCUCGCAGUCGUCGACUGGCCUUUGGCCGAGAUCUGGGGUGUGCCGGAGGAGGACUGGCACGGCAGGUGGUGGAGGCAGCACCUUCCCACCGGUGCCUGGCUCCAGACGGGCCCGCACGGGUGGUUGCCUGAGCCGGUCUUCAGCAAUGGCUGGGAUCAGGCCAUGUGGCAACAUGGCCAAUAUGUGGGACCCUGGCCCUCGCCAGCAGAUGGCAGUGGGACUUCACCCUGGCCUGCACAAGGCCCCAGUGGGAGUUGUCCCUUGCCUGCACAAGGCACCAGCUGCAGCAGUGGCAGCGGCAGCUCAGGCAGUAGGGGUCCGGACGGGCAGGCGGACCUCAAGCAGGCAAAGACGGAGCCCGACGAUGGAGAUGCUCAUGAGGAAGACUCUGGCCUGCAGAAGGCCUUGGAGAUCUUGGGCCAGCUGCUUCCAAGAUGCAGCCGGUUUGACACGAGAGGGUUUAGAUCCCAAGUCAGGCGGAACCUGCGGCGCUUUUUGGAACGAGAAGGAAUUCCGCUUCCGCCCUGGUUGUUUUCCGGCGAACCCGGCAGGGUGGCACAAUUUGCCCGCUGGGCAAAACAAGUUCGGCAUGAGGUCGAAUUUCGCCGCCGGCAAGGAGAUAGGUGUGGGGGGAACCCCUCGCCUGAAGAAGGCGGAAGUGCUGCAGGUCCCAUGCCAUCCGGAGCCACCGUCGUGUUGCGGGAGAUGGAAGGGCUCACAAACAGCCUGCGGGACAGAUUGGCUCGCCUCCGCCAAGUGGCAGCAGUGCAGGCCCCUGCCGAGGAGUCCAACAGCAGCAGUCUCAUGGACACGGUCGAUCCAAGGGAGACACAGAGCGAUCCUGGCCCAAGGCUGGCCUCGCCUGAAGAAGGCGAUACGAAGGCCGAAUCCUCUGAUGAGGAAAAGAAGCCUGACGUUGUUGAUGAUGGGGCUGCUCCCGUUUCGGUCAGCUUGCCUGCAGAAGGCACAGGUGCUGCAAGCAGCUUGCCUGCAGAAGGCACAGGUGCUGCAAGCAGCUUGCCUGCAGGAGACAUUUCUGGCCACGACACGUUGAGUAUCGCGACAGAAGAAUCGUGGGAGAUGCAGUCGCAUAUGUCGCAAUCUGCGAUGUCUGUGAACACCUCGGGCUGGAAUGUCGUCCAUGAGGAGAAGGCCUUGCCUGAGCAAGGCAACGGGAAGAAGCCUGAGCAAGGCAAUGCCGGCAACGGCGGCUCGCUUGCAGAAGGCACACUAGUGAAGGCCGAGCCCAAAAGCCCAGCCAAGGCUCCCCCUGUGAAGAUGGAGUUGGUGAGCCCGAAGAAAGGGGCUAGCCCGAAAAGGGCUGCCACGGCUGCCGCCAAGGCUCACCCGAAAAUCGGGCAGUCCGAAGCGAAGAAGAUGAACCAGAAACUGAAGGCUUUGGCCAAGGCCGGCAAGACGGCCCUGCCUGACACUUUUGCUAAGUGCAAAACCCAGGCAGAGAAGAGACAGUUUUUUUACGAGGUGUAUCUGCUGGAUCCCGAAAUCUCUGAGAGGAGGGUCGCGAAGAUAGACGUGCAAGCAGAGGAGGACAGAGACGACACCCAGAAGGGCUGGUUCACAGACGACGAGAUCGCCGGCUUCAAGGGGAUUUUCCCUCACUCGAGUGACUACUCUAGCCUGAAGAAGGCUCGUGUUCAGGACUUGCUCGAGAGAGAGCAUGAGGAUGAGAACUUAGCCAAGUUGGGAAUCAAGCAGUACUACUUCGAGCACUGCAAGACUUUCAGCAGCAGCUCCAAGAAAAGAGAGCUUCAGCUGGAGGAGAACGUUGGGGACGUGGGCCAGGAGGAUUUUGAGGAAAUCCGCAAGAAGCUCAAGGGUGCGGCCACCCAGAAGAUGAUUAGCAAAGGCCAGUCCGGUAGGUUGCCUGGAGAAGGCAAGGACAAGGAAGCCGAGGUUCGCAUCGACCAUGAGCAGAACUACAAGGACCAGCGAAAGAAGCUCACUGGCCAGCUCACCCAAGUGAGCACGGAACUGGCAACUGUGGAGCUGCUCAAGGUCUCGCUUGACCACAAGAAGCACAAGAUGGCAACCGUGGUGCUGGCACAGGUGGCAGAGUUGGAGUCGAAGCUCUAUUCCUGCAAAAAGGAAGUGAUGGACAGCCAGCACAUGUUCCCCAAGCAGCCCGAAAAGGAUCACGAAGAGUUGGCCAGCAAGCUGGCGGCAGUCGUGGCAAGCAUCUCUGAGAAGUUGAAGCCUCUGAAAAGGGAGCUCUCAUCGCACAAGAAGUGGGAUGAAGAGAAUGCCGCCUGCAGCUUUUCGCAAAGCCCCAACUCUGGGGCAUUUAGCUUUGACUCUGGACGAGCAAUUGCAGGGGCCACCAAGAAACGAUUGAGGGAUGAGGCUUCGGAUACCUCUGAGGAGUUUCCUGACUAUGCGAUGGGACUUUAUGGCAGGAAUAUCUUGCCAGGAACUUUGGCAAAGCGAAAUCUCGAAAAAGCCACCUCAGCAGGAGCACAGGGCUGCAAGCUCAAAGGCAAGAAAGGGAAAAAAAACGCAGCGAGAACUCUCAGGAGAGCUUUCAAGAAGACAGUUUGGCCUGAGCUUUACUGGUGCCGGAUCCCAAUGAAAAGCAAGAAGAAUAAUAAGAAAGCACUCAUGUGGCAUGCAUUUGAAUUGCCGCAUGAAUGGAUGGCAGUUUUUUUUGCUGAUCCUGCUGCCUUGGCAAGGUGCCAGCCUGCACAAGGCUCCAAAACUUGGGUCGCUGCGAAGGAAAUCAAGCAGAAGUUGGGAUGGGGCGAGGAACUAGUGAUUCCUUUUGCCCUCCACGGCGAUGGUGUGCCUGUGCAAGGCACUAUGAGAAAGGAAGGGCUUGAUUUCCUGACGAUCAAUCUUCCCGCAGCUCAAGAUGCCAAGCACAGAUCCCCUGUUCCCUUCACGUUGCUGCAGACCGAUUUUCACUGGGAGUAUGAAACCAAAGACAGCAUACUCAAAGUGCUUCUCUGGAGCAUGCAAUGCUUGAAGGAAGGGAAAUUCCCCAGCUGCAGACAUGAUGGAAGCCCGUGGCUCAAAUCCGACAGGCAAAGGCGAACAUAUGUUGGGAGGGACUUGCCUGCAAAAGGCAUUCUCGUGGAGCUCAGGGGCGAUUGGGACUGGCUGAACAGUUGGUACAACAUUCCGACAUACAACACCAAAAGUGGUAUGUGCUGGCUGUGCAAGACCACCUUUGAAACUUUCAGAAACUGCACAGCGAAUGAAAGAAAUUCAGGCCUGACCAAGGCCGAAUUCUUGACCAGAGUUCGCAACAUGGGCAAGCCGGUGUGCCCACUGUGGCACUGGCCAGAAUUGGCCCCUCGAACGUUGAUUUUGCCUGAUUGGCUUCAUGCCGUCGACAUGGGUAUUUCGGCCGAUAUUGCUGGGCAGCUCUUGCUCGAGCUGGCUGCGAAAUAUGAAGGCAGAAGUCUCAAGGAUAGGGUUUCGGGCCUGUGGCUAGAUGUGCAAGAGCUUUACAAAGAACACAUGGUGACGGACAGGCUGCAAAAGUUGCACAUGGUGCCUUUGCUUCCGAUUUUGACAGGCAAGCAUUUUGCCGCAGGCAGCGAUCACGAAGUGGCUUGCCACAAGCUGGCCAAAUUUUUGGCCAGAGUCUACAACAAAGUGGAAACGAAUGAGCACUCUGGCUUGGACAAGGCCUCUGCCAAAGUGGCUAGCCAGUAUAUGGCUUUGGAGAAGGAAGCACUCGAAGCAGAGGACUCUUUGAACUGGCAUAUCAUGCCCAAGCUGCAUCAAUUCCAACACAUCUGUGAAAGCGGUUUCAAUGCCAAGGAUUUUUGGUGUUAUGCAGAUGAAACCCUGGGAGGGCACUUAGCACAGCUCUUCCAUCGCAGAGGUGGUGCAAACAAUCCCGGCGAAAACUGUGCUCGAGCUUUGGAGAAAUGGCAGCAGAUUGCGCCAUUUCCUGCCGUUGCCAGGCCUUGA